AUGGCAUCAACCUCCCACGAGGCGCCAGCGCCAGCGCCAACAGACCCCUCCAAAACAAUCGAACUAAACGGCAAAAAAUACGAACCCGUCCAAGAAGGUCUCGCAACAAUCCUGAAACCCGUCACAGACGAACCAUCAAAAAUAAAGCCCCGCGGCAGCGGAUUUGAGCAGCAAGUCUCGGUGUUCUACAACCCCAUUCAGCAAUUCAAUCGUGAUUUGAGUGUGCUUGCGAUCAAGGUAUUCGCGAAGCAUCAUGUUGCACUUAUACAGCAGCAGAACGCGAAUAAGAAGUUGAGGAGGAAGAAGGCGAAGGGGAAGAAGAGGAAGAGGGAAGAUGGAGAGGAAACUUUGGGUGCUGGUGGUGAGGAGGGAGGGGAGGUGACAAAGAAGCAUCAUGGCGAUGGCCAAGAGCAGGGUGCGGAUGAAAUUGUGUCGGCGGUCGUGCCUCCGGAGACAGAAGCUGAUCCUGCUUCGACAACAAAGCCGGUCAAGUUCCAGAUCCUCGAUGCGCUAUCUGCCACUGGCCUGAGAGCGCUGCGAUACGCCAAAGAAAUCCCUGAAGCGACACGGAUCGUCUCCAAUGAUUUGUCCGCUGCAGCCGUAGAAGCUAUCAAACUAAACAUCAAAUACAACGAAGUCGAAAACAUCGUCCGACCCAACGUCGGCGAUGCGCGCGCAUACAUGUACAGUCUCCAAGGCGAAAAUAAUGCGAACGAUGGAAACGGGAAAAAAUUCAAUGUCAUCGAUCUCGACCCUUAUGGUAGUGCAGGAAUGUUCCUAGACGCUGCGGUUCAGGCAGUGAAUGACGGAGGUAUGCUUUGCGUAACAUGCACGGAUGCAGCAGUAUUUGCGUCUACGGGAUAUCCUGAGAAGACAUAUGCGCUGUACGGAGGUAUACCCGUACGAUUACCGCAUGGACAUGAAGUUGGGCUUCGACUCAUUCUUCAUGCCAUCGCGAGUGCGGCGGCCAAAUACGGUCUCUCCGUUGAACCUCUUCUUUCAUUGUCGAUUGAUUACUACGCUCGAGUCUUCGUGCGCGUUCACAAGUCUCCUAUCGAAGUCAAGGCUUUGUCUAGUACCACGAUGCUAAUGUACAGCUGUGACUCGGGCUGUGGUGCAUGGACAACGCAGUAUUUGACCAACACCAAGGUCAAAACGGCCAAGGACGGUCAUGUCCAUACUAAUUACUGCCUGGGACAGGCUCCUACGACAUCACCGUGUUGCGAGCAUUGCGGAUUCAAGACACAUUUGGCCGGUCCUAUGUGGGGAGGACCGUUGCACAAUCCUGACUUCAUUCAAAAGAUCCUUGAUUUAAUACCUGAGGUCGACCCAAAGACGUAUCGUACCUUGUACCGAAUUGAGGGGAUGUUGACAACCGCCCUGGAAGAGGAUCUGGAUCUAGCUGCUACGCCUCAUGGAUCUCAAUCCGAAGACACAACUGCAGAAACCAAAGAAGAGCCGAAACCAGAAGAAUCAGAACCAACCCCCAUAAUCCCCCGUCUCUCACCAGCUCUCAGAGAAAAAUAUCCGUUUUUUGUCAGUCUGAGCGCCCUCGCAAAAGUAUUGCACACCCAAACAGUACCCAUCAACUUGUUCCGGGGUGCGUUGCAUGGUUUGGGUUAUCGCACAACGCGCAGCCAUACGCGACCCAACAGCGUGCGCACCGAUGCACCGUGGGACGUUCUGUGGGAAAUCAUGCGCGAAUGGCUUCGUCAGGAUGCGCCGCCACCAUCAAAGGAGGCAACUCGAGAGCGAUAUAAACCCGGUAGUGCGGGCGCAGGAAUCAUGAAGAAGGAUAGGUCACUAUUCGCUGAGAGUAGUGCACUCGAUGCACUGAAAACAGAACUUGAGACAGCGCUACGAGAAGGGAAAGAUGUUGCUGAUCUUACGAUGAGGAUUGAGGCGGCGCUGUAUCGAAAGGGCCGUUCUGAACCUUCUCCUCCUGCUGCAGAAUCAACAACUGCUACAACUGCUGCGGCAAGAGAAGAGAGACCACACCCCAGCACACUGACAAUAACAUUUGACGAAGCCCUGGGCAAGAAUUUCUCGACUGAGCUCAGGAAUAAGAAAAAAGUGGUUCGGUAUCCGCUCAAUCCGGAGCUGAAUUGGGGACCUAUGAGCAAAGCGACGGGGCGUUAG